GCAGAAGAGGAAAUUGGAUCCGUCCAUGCACAAUAUGGUUGAGGUACCAAGAUGCUCAUAUUAGAAGUAGGCUAGUUUCUAGAUUUUCUUUGGAGGGAUGAAAGGGGGGAAUUUACAUAAACUGAGAGGUAAUAGACUCUCUCUCAGUCUUCUUGCUCUCCUCUGCACAACCCUUAUUGUUUGGGCAUGGGAGAAAACCCCAAGCCUCUCUACUUUCCUUCCACCUCGAGAGCAGUUUGAUAUAUUUUCUCCAGCAACAGUGGUUCCUGCACGAACUCCAGUAACUAUCUCAGAAAAUAAAAUUGAGACGCCAUCUGCAAAGGAAGAUUUGUCAGCUGUAGGCAGACCAGUAAAUGCAUUACCUAAUGAAGCAGGGAAAGUUGUUGUUAUUCCACAAUCAGAUUCCUCGAUGAGGACCUCAUCAGAGAAGGAAGAUAAAGGCAAAGGAUCAAAAAACAUGCCUGUGGAGAAAAAAGAGUGUAAUUAUGCAAAGGGAAAGUGGGUCGCAGACAAAAGACGACCAUUAUAUUCUGGGUUCGGUUGCAAGCAGUGGCUUUCACAAAUGUGGGCAUGCCGGUUAAUGCAACGAACUGAUUUCGCCUAUGAGGGUUUCCGCUGGCAACCACAAGGUUGUGAUAUGCCAGAGUUCAAGGGAUCUGAAUUCUUGAGAAGGAUGCAGCACAAAACAAUUGCUCUGGUAGGGGAUUCAUUGGGAAGGCAGCAAUUCCAAUCCCUGAUGUGUAUGGUCACUGGUGGCAAUUAUAGCCCAGAAGCGUUAGAUGUUGGAAAGGAAUAUGGCCUUGUUAAAGCACCUGGCGCCAUACGACCUGACGGUUGGGCAUAUCGAUUCCCAAGCACCAAUACCACCAUUCUAUACUACUGGUCCGCUAGUUUAUGUGAGUUGGAACCUUUGAACCGAUCGGAUCCAGCUACUCAUUAUGCUAUGCAUCUUGACCGCCCUGCAAUAUUUUUAAAGCAGUAUCUUCAUAGGUUUGAUGUACUGGUGCUUAACACCGGACACCAUUGGAAUAGAGGCAAAUUUACAGCCAACAGAUGGGAAAUGUAUGUUGGUGGGAAACCCAACACUGAUAGGAAAAUUGCACAGAUUUGGAAUGCCAGAAAUCUUACCAUCUACAGUGUUAUCAAGUGGCUUGAUGCACAGCUUCCACAACAUCGACAAUUGAAAGCCUUUUUUAGGACAAUAUCUCCAAGGCAUUUUGUCAAUGGAGAUUGGAAUACUGGGGGAAGCUGUGAUAAUACCAUCCCAUUGGCAGGUGGAAGUGAGGUUUUGCAGGAUGGUUCAAAUGAUACCGUUGUUGAGGGUGCAGUUGGGGGAACGAGGGUGAAGCUCUUGGAUAUUACUGCUUUGUCACAAUUGAGAGAUGAAGGACAUAUAUCCAAAUAUACCAAUAAAGCCUUAGCAGGGGUGCAUGAUUGCUUGCAUUGGUGCCUUCCAGGUAUACCUGAUACAUGGAAUGAAAUACUUUAUGCACAGCUGUAGGCCCAUUUUGAUGAUGCAUGUGGAUACCACCAUUCCUCCCAUGCUGGGUACCCAAAAUAUUUGCUAUGUGAGGGUACUCUUUAAGGAUCAAACCAUAGAAAAAAGAUGCCAAGGAAGGUCUUGUGAAGAAGCACUGUAUUGCAACAUUUUUCCGCAUUGACCCCGUAUACUUCUGUGCCAUCUUUUAUCUUACAUUGCAUACUAGAAGAUUCUUGAUUGAAAGCUGUCUCCUAAAAAUAUCAGUAUUUUCUGGCUCAAUUUUCCUGGAGGAAAUUGCUUUUUGGGGACAAGAAGAAGUACUUUAUAUUUCUGAGAAUGAUGCGGAAGGCACUAGUAGUGGUGUAUAUUUUAGUUGUGGAGUUCAGUUUUGCCAAAGACCUUGCAAAGAAAAUGAGAUCAUGCAAAUUGAAAGCCUAUUGUUGGUUGAGAGCUCGAUAUAGUUCUACUCAUGGAUAUUGAUUUUGGCAUAACAAUUUGCCACCCUGUAUUUUCACUGUAUCAUCAUAAAUUGGACUAGAUUGCUCGUAUCGCUGUCAACAGUUUGAUGCGAGUUCCUUGCAGAUUCUGUAAACAUAUGAAAUUUAUUGGGCUACCAGCUUGUCUUAAGAAGCAUCCUUCUUGUUUCUUUUAAUUAGCAAAUGCAGGACAAUGCUAAACUUUUUUC